AUGUCCUCGGGUUAUUGUAAGAAGUUCGGUAAAGAUACCGUUAUAUUUGCCACAAAAGAAGAUCAUGCUACACCCUCAAAUAUAGAGUUGCCACCACCCGAACCAGCUCAAGGCAUUAUCACCAAAGAUGGUGAAAUCAACUGGAGCUGUCCCUGUUUGGGAGGCAUGGCCACAGGUCCCUGUGGUGUACAAUUUCGUGAAGCAUUUUCUUGCUUCCACUACAGUGAAGCAGAACCCAAGGGGUCGGAUUGUUAUGAGGCUUUUCGCACAAUGCAAGAUUGUUUUACUGAGUAUCCCACCGUUUAUAAUAAAUCUGGCGGCAGUGGAGACGAUGAUGAGGAUGGGCCCGGUCUUGAUUUGUCAUCUAUGGAGGAUAUAAAAGAAGAUGAAAAGGCAGCAGUGGAGGCUAGUACAAAUCAAUCGUUGGAAAAAGUUAAAUAAUUCAUUUAGUUUUUAAGUUGUUUGUAAGGUGUAUAUAAUAGAGGUUGAUUUGCUUAUCUGUUUAAUUGACAACAGAAAUGUUAAAACUAAA